AUGCCCUGGCAGCCUCUUCCCCGAAUCGCCUUCGCCGUCGCGACGUACCCCUUUGCCGCCUCGGGCCCGGCCGACCUCCCCCUCGAACUUGGCGAUGAGCUGUACAUAAUUGAAGAGACCCCCGACGGCAACUGGCUGCGUGGCUACUUGGUCGCCCCGCCCAGCCUGCUGGCCGGACUGACUUCCGUCAAGGGCCAAACGCUCGAGGCCCGCGUCUUCAGCGGCAUCUUUCCCCGGAGCUGCGUUGAGGUGCGCGAGGUGCUGGGCGAGACCGACGACAUAGACGACGUCGACGAUGCCGCCAGCGACGAUACUGCCGGCGAGGUCCAACUCGGAAGCGACUCGGGCAAGAGUGGCUUGACGCCGACUGCUACCGAGACGCCAAAGACGAUAGACAGUUACAAAUCUUUCAGGACCUCGGGAGGGUCCAAAGUGACCAGGAUCGAGAUCAAGGGCCGCAAACCCCUUAGGGAGCUUCCCAAUGGCACCCAGGGCCGCCUUUCCACCCCCGUCAAGCGAGACCCUGAUGCACCUCGCCCUCCCGCGCCGGUGCCGAUGCUCAAGAUUGGCGACGAAACUCCAACAUCGACCGCAGAGCCCCUUAUCGAUGAAAUCGCCAGCUGCCUCCGUGAAUGGCACUCGACGAAUCUCCACGGCCUUCUCCUCUCUCGGCAAUAUUCCCGCCUGGACAAGCUGUCACAACUCAUCCAAACACUGAACCUGAGUCGCCAACAGUUCCUUCACAACGUCCUCACAAGACACGAGUACGACAAGCUGCGGGAAAGGACAGUAUGGGACCUGGUGCGCGUCAACAAGCUGUGCGGUGGAGAGGUUAUUGUUCGUGACCCUGCAGACCGUGGGCGGGUGCUGACAGGCGACGACUCGGUGGUCGAUGUCACGAAACUGCAGUCUGUCAUGAGUGUUCUGGACGAGCCUCCCCAGCCCACAAUAGAGCCUACGGCUUUACAUCACCUCCUUGUUGAUGUCAAGGGUUUCGCCGGUGCAUCAGUCGAAGAGACAUCGUUGGUUGCCUACUUGGUGGCCAAGCCUGUUGGAGGCAAGGUGGCUACAUUGACCGAAUGCUUCAUCAUCGACAUCCCCCCCGGCGGAACUAUAGGCAGCUUGGCAAAAUCAGGCCAAACACGAACGAUAUUCGCCGACCUCUCUUCGCAAGACAUUGGUGAUGUCGCAUCAGCCGAAACCGAGCUGUACCUCGUUGUAAAGGUGCGGUCCAGUCAGCAAAUCGUCGCCAACGGGAAACCGGAGUCUCGUUCCGGCGCAAAGUCUCAGGGGGCUGGAUAUUCCAAAGAUCCUGCCAAGCCCUUGUCUGCCGGUAACAGCAAGCCUUCUAGAAGGAGUCUUAUGUGGGGAUCCAAGAGUGGCCGUUCUGCUUUCUCGAGAGGCAACGCCACGCCGAAACUUGACUCAUUGACAGAGCAUCCCGAGGGUCGUGUCUCAACGCAAGAGGAUGGCCAAGAGAGUGCCGCACCUCCCAGUACCGCCGGCUCGAGGCCUCGUGGCUCCUUUGAUGCCGGUCCAGGUUUUCUGAUGGCGGAACGGACCGUUGGUAUCGGUGUUCUCAAGCUCAACGCAAUUAUGAAGCAGGACGAGGAGGUUGAACAGGUCGUGAGCAUCUGGUCGCCCUCACCGACACUCCCGACGGAGAAACAGGGCCUUCACGAGGAGUGGGAUGGUGUCAUCCAAGAUCUGAUGGACAGUAAGAGUGGCCAUUACGAGAAAUCACGCCGAACCGAGCGAGUACAAGUGCAUCUCAAGUCUUUCAAUCACCCGGACGUGGAUGAAUUGGUCAAGACAACGCCGACCCUGCUUGCUGGCAUCCGCAAGACGAAUAAGAUGGGAUUCUCGGGCGCUCCGACCAAGGCUAGGUCGGACAUUUACGUCACCCUCGACACUGCCGCCCUCUCGAAGCAGAACCUUUUGUCCCGAUAUGCAGGGAACCCAACCACGCUCUCUGGCAGCGUCCAUGCGACCAACUUGCAGGUUGCACUAGAGGUGCGGAGAACAGGCGGAGAAAAGAUCCCCAACUGCAUCUUCUCUUCGUCUAACACAGAAGGCAUAACCACGUGGAAGUCUGUGACGGUCGAGAGAGGGGAACAUUGGAGCCAGACCGUCCGACUCGCUGUCCCACCCGAGGAUGUCUUCACUUCGCACAUCGUUAUGUUUUUGUCAGACAUGCCCCAUGCCCCCUUCGCGGUUGCCCACAUGCCGUUGUGGAACCAGGAGGCUUUUGUCAGGGACGGAGCGCAUGCCUUGCUGUUGUACAAGACCGACGAGUUCACGUCCACUGCUCAAGCUGGGCCAUCCGGUAAAGGAGGCUAUCUCUCUCUCCAGUGGAGUGCCAAAGGGAACGACGAACAUUCCGCCGACGUCACGGGUCCCCUGGCUAUUUUGCGAGUCGAUACCUACCUGUGUAGCACCCGGUUUUCCCAGAACCGGGUCGUAUUGGGUUUGCUCAAGUGGAAAGAGGCGGCCAAGGAGGACAUUCCCACGCUGUUGAAACACCUCAUUUUCGUGCCGGAGAUUGAGGUCGUCAAGCUUCUUAGUGACGUCCUCGACGCCCUUUUCGGUGUAUUGGUAGAGUACUCGGGCAACGACGAAUAUGAGGACCUCGUCUUCACUGCUUUGGUUAGAGUCCUGGGCAUCGUGCAUGACAGACGAUUCAACCUAGGCCCGCUCGUCGACCAAUACGCAGAGAAUCGUUUCAACUACCCGUUCGCCACGGCUUGUCUCGUCAGGUCGUUCACCCGCUUGCUUGAGAAGCCCACCGAGCCCACGACAUCGCGCAAGCUGCGUUCUACGUUCAAGGUUGUGCGACACAUCCUCAAGUUCAUCACCCACGCGCGAGGUCAGCAAAAGGCUAAGGAAGCCGGUAUAGGCAUUACGACGUCGCACUCAGCGCCCGGCUUUAUUCGAGAGCUGAGAAAUAUUUUCAAGGCCCUAGAUUCCAUGAUGCGUAGCAACGCUCCUGUCCUUGUUGGCAGUCAGACCCUGGCCGUCCAGCAUUUCCACACGUGGUUGCCCGAGCUGACAGGUCUCCUAACGACUGAGGAGAUACUCCACAUUGCCAUUGACUUCUUGGAUUCAUGCGCCAUCGUUAAGGGCAAGCUGGUGCUUUACAAGCUCGUGUUGAUCAUCAACUACUCCAAGCUAGAGAUCUUCUCGCAUCCCGAUCAGAAAUCGGCUCUCACCGCCAACACAGUCCGAUGGAUCGCGCCUCACUGGGGCCACACCGAAGUUGUCACCGACUCUUGGAAGGAACAAGUCCGUCUCUGCUGCUCCAUCCUCGCCGGCCAGAUUGACAACCUCGGACCUGAGAUUCCCGACUACCUUCCGAAGAUCAUCGACUCCUACCUGUCCAUCGUGGCCACUCCGAUCACGCCUCGCAACCGUCUUUCGCUCCUCUUCCCAACUUCAUACCCCUUUCCAUCCAAACCCAUUGCUGACGAGUGCACCUUUGAUGAGGCGUUGAUCGAGCUUUCCGCCAUUCUUUCUGCUGUUUCAAAUUCACCAAGCGGCAUGCAACUGGAGCUGACCGAAGGCGACUUGACUGCAUUGUUAGACAACACACUUCGCGUGUAUAUGAGCAUUUUGAUGGGCGAGGCUUUUCCGCCCGAAUGGCUGAGCGUACACAUCUACCACCACAAGUCCACCAUGAGAACGUUGCAAUACCUAUCCAGCAUCUUGCUGGAGUCUUUCUUACCCCAUCCCGACGAGGCCGAGAACUUCAACACCGAACUCUGGAAAAUGUUUUUCACGACCAUGCUUAAGCUCGUUGGCAGCCCCUCCCUGGCUCUGGAGACUUUCCCCGAGCAGAAGCGUAGAGCUGUGUGGAAAAUUGCUGGCGAUGUCAGAGAGCAUGGCGCCGAGCUACUCAGGCGGACCUGGGAGGCCAUCGGCUGGGAGACGAGCAGCGAUGAGCGGUCGCGUUACGGCUUGUCCAAGAUGGGCGGAUACCAGGUGCAAUACGUCCCCACCUUGGUCGGCCCCAUUGUCGAGCUCUGCCUUAGUGUACACGAAGGUCUGCGGCGCAUGGCUGUGGAGGUGCUGCAGACCAUGAUCGUCAGCGAAUGGACCCUGAGCGAGGAUCUAUCAGUCAUACAAACUGAGAUGAUUGACUCUCUAGACCAAUACUUCAAGUCAAAGCCGUUGACUGAGAGCAUUCUGCAAAAACUUUUUGUCAACGAAGUCAUGGAAAGAUUCGCGCCACUAUCGACUGCUACCGAGGAGCCCCUGUAUACUGCAAUCCGCGAUCUAAUGGCCACCGUUGACGAGUUCCUCGACCUUCUUGUCGCUGUUCACAGCAGCGACAGCACGAGCGAGGCAUCGCACCUCAUCAACCGACUGCGGCUGAUGGAGUUCCUCCGGGACAUGCAGAAGGAGGAGAUCUUUAUCAGAUAUGUCCAUCAGCUGGCCAACCUUCAAGGCGAGGCAAGGAACCACUGCGAAGCCGGUCUGGCACUCCGGCUGCAUGCCGACCUAUACGAUUGGGAUCCUACGAAGCAGGUUGCCGCUCUAGACGACCCCGAAUUCCCGGUGCAGACGUCCUUCGAGCGCAAGGAACGCAUCUACUUCGACAUGAUCAAGCACUUUGAGGAGGGCGAAGCUUGGAGCAGCGCUUUGGCAGCAUAUCAGGAGCUACGUACUCAGUACGAGAGCAACGUCUUCGAUUUCGCCAAGCUUGCCAGAACUGAACGAGCCAUUGCCACCAUUUAUGAGACUAUUUCCAGGAGCGACAAGUUGGUACCGAAGUACUUCAAGGUCGUCUACAAGGGGCUCGGGUUCCCCUCCAGUCUUCGCGACAAAGAGUUCGUUUAUGAAGGGUCCCCUACAGAACGGGCGUCAGCCUUCACAGACCGCAUGCAGGAGCAACACCCCUCUGCUCAGAUUGUGACUGGUGGCGAUGUCGAUGAUGUUGAAGGGCAAUUCCUGGUGGUUUCCGCCAUCACUCCCCAUCGCGACCUAACGCAUCAAGUCUUCCAGCGUGCUCGUGUCCAGCAGGUCAUUCGUGACUACCUGCUCUCCGCUCACCCUCAGAGUUUCUCCGUAUCGUCCAAGCGCAACACGUCUGGGCCCGUUGAGGAGCACCACGCCGAGAAGAUGGUGUUUACUACAGCCGACCCAUUCCCGACAAUCCUUCGUCGCAGUGAAAUCGUCCACACCGAAGAGAUCAAGCUCACCGCUCGUGAGACAGCUUUGGAACGUAUCGUCAGGAAGACACAGGAGAUGACGGUCAUCGAAAAGCGAAUUGCAGACGGCGACGAAGAGAACGCCCAGCUGCUGGUGGAUGCUGUGAGCGUGUCAGUCAACCCCGAUUCCGAGAAUAGCGUUGCGUGUUACCGCCAGCUCCUGCCAGCCGCUUCAGACGAUGACGAGGAGGAAGAGGUCGAGCUUGACCCGCAGGACAACGCCAUCAAGAUGGCCCUUGUCGACCAUGCAAUCAUGAUCAAGCGGUGUCUGGCAACCUUCUCGAGAAGUCCAAACGUAUUCCUCAACCGAAGGCAUGAGGAGCUACAACGAUACUUUGAAACCACAUUCGCACCCGAGAUUGCUCUCUUUGCCCCCCCGCAACCCACGCGUGACUCGGCCAACGGCUCACAGACUUGGAGACGGUCAUCCCCGUCUACCGAGCAGGCGUCCCCCCAACCGCAAAGCGCUGCCGGCGCCAUCAAUAAUGAUGUGGUCGCUGAAGAAGUCUCGACUGUCCAACCGAUUGCCAUCCGUCAGGGUCGCGGGACACGCCUGAGUUUCCUUGGAGGUCGAAAGAAGGAGUCCCCGGUGCUGCAACAAACGCCCAGUGACUCUCCGGUCAGCGGGGAUGCCGAGGAUACUGUGAGCCAUCCCAGCAGAAGCGUAAGCAGGGCUCAAGACUAUCCCAGCAGAAGCGUAAGUAGGACUCAAGACCACCCCAACCGCCGGAGUUUCUUCCGAGCCCCGUCUUCCGAUGGCCCGCGUACUCUGGGCAGUAACGAUGCUACUAGCGAGUGGGUGACGGACUCGGGCGGCCGACCAAGCUCAGACGCGGGCAUAAAUAUGACUGAAAAGGAGCGCGAAUACAGGGACGAAGCCGCGGCAGAGAGCCCUAGUGUCGUCAAACGAGGCAGUGUCAGGAAGAGGCUUAGCUUGCUGAAAUUGGGCAAGAAGUCGAAUAAGGGUGGCGGUGCCAUGGGAAGCGUGCACGAGGAAUAG